AUGGAAGAAAAUGGAGUUGACCAUGAUGAUAAUAUGGAAAGAGCCAGUGACUACCUGGUAGUCAACUCUAAUAAUACAGAAGAAUUGGAAAGUGGCGGCCAGGUAUUCCAGCAUCUAACGUGUAUGGAAAGCAAGAACACAUCAUUUGGACCAAAUGCGUCUCAUGGAGUCCUGCGAGCCAUAGACAAUGCUUCUCCACCACCGAAUGCACAAAUACGGCCAUGCCAGCCGCCCCCUUUUCCUGGGGAAGAUUUUCAACUUGUAGACCAAAACUGCCAUUCCCUUUAUGAAGUACAAUCCUUAGAGGGGUCCAGUACUCAUAUGAUGAUUGUUGCCAGCCGUUCUGAGAAUGGGCAAGUGCUCCAUGUUGUUCCUUCUACUCAGCCAGGAAUUGCACAAGUGAUUAUUCCCCAAGGUCAGCUUUUGGAUCUCAGUAGCUCUGAAGAUGUUUCACAGGAGAGAAACUGUGAUGGGAAUUUGCAAACUGUGGCAGUGGCUGCUAUAGCAGACAAUACAAGCAGUUAUGUCUUUCAUCCUGAAGCAUCUCUCACAGUAUCGAAAAAGGCAACCACCAGGGUAUCGGAAGACCCUUUCUCUGUUUCCCCUCAGCCAUUGCCCCCAAAUACACCUGUGUGGGCUCGCCGUCUCAGGAGCUGUGAGAAAAUUGGGGACUCAUAUCGUGGCUAUUGUUCAAGUGAGACGGAAUUGGACAGUGUUCUAAUCCUGCACAAACAGCAAACACAGAGCUUGUGGGGAACACGGCAGUCUCCAAGCCCAGCAAAGCCUGCCACAAGAUUGAUGUGGAAAUCACAGUAUGUCCCAUAUGAUGGGAUUCCGUUUGUCAAUGCUGGGAGCAGAGCCAUAGUGAUGGAGUGUCAAUAUGGACCUCGGAGAAAGGGCUUUCAGCCCAGAAAAAGUAGUGAGCCGGAGAACAUUUCCUGCCAGCUUUACAAAGCCACCUGUCCUGCAAGGAUCUACAUUAAGAAGGUGCGGAAGUUUCCUGAAUACAGGGUUCCCACGGAUCCCCAAAUCGAUAAGAAAAUCAUACGAAUGGAGCAGGAAAAAGCUUUCAACAUGCUGAAGAAAAACCUGAUUGAGGUUGGGGGGGUGCUCAGGUGGUAUGUGCAGUUACCCAGCCAGCAGGCUCACCAGUAUCAUGACAUGGAGGAGCUGUGCCUCCCGCUGUCGCCUUUCUCCGUGCCAUCUCCCGAGGAAGACGAUGACACAGCCAGAGAUGAGAACUGCGUAUUACCAUCACGACUUCACCCACAAGUCGCAGAUAAGAUCCGGGAACUCGUGUCUCAAGGGAUACAGCAAGUCUAUGCAGUGAGGAAGCAGUUACGAAAGUUUGUGGAACAGGAAUUGUUUAAACCUGAUGAAGUGCCCGAACGGCAUAAUUUGUCAUUCUUCCCCACCGUAAAUGAUAUCAAGAACCACAUUCACGAAGUGCAAAAGACCCUAAAGAAUGGGAAGGUGGCCUACGACUCGGAAACCGUUCCAGCCAUGCUGCAAUGGACCACAGACGGCGGGAACAUUCUCACUGAAACAGUGACAGUGACAUUUGCGUCACCACCGGCUGAGGGAAGUUCACUAGAGAAAACCAUUAUCAAGGUGGAAUCUAAUCAGACAAGGGAGCUCUUAGGUCCAGAGAUGACUCAACUCCUUUCUUCACUCCAACCCAGAGUGUUUGCCCAGCUCAAGGGGUUGCAGUUGCAGCCAGCGCUUACUUCCGCUGAAGGAACGGCAACCCUCUUAACGGUGGAUAGCUGCCCUCCGCCCGGCUCUUCAAACAUUCUGGACCCCACUGGGAGGCUAAUAACCAGCAAGUCUAUAAUUGGUCAUGGUCAUACUGUUCAAGACAGUUCCGGUCAAAGACCGAACAAUAUUACUGUACCGCUGCUUGGAGAGCAACCUGUACCAGAUCGAAGGGGCUGUCUUGUAACUGCCGGAAGUACAGAAGAUGCUAAGGCCACAGAGCAAGAAGUCCGUCAGAUCCUUUUAGGAGAUGCCUGCACCAUUCCUACACAUACUGUAGACCGCCAUCCAGAUCUUAGUAAAAACCCGGAGAGUACUGUCAGCAUGAGCCACGUUGGUCACGAAACCAAAGAACGAGCAGUAUCUUCAGAGGUCGAAGAAUUCAGAGACUUCCGAGCUUCAUCCGUCACUUGA